AUGUGGACGGUAAGCACCAGCAACUGGCCGAUAUCGUCUCUGAGCCCCGGAAGGGAUCUCAUUCUCACCAGCCUGUGUUUGAUCCUACCCAGGGAUGAGCGCAGAUAUAGUCAUCCUGGCUCCGCGUUCCUAUGGUUUCGACCAUCAACAACAAUGGGCACCCGGACGGCACAGACGAACAGACUACAGCGAUGGUGCGAACCAAGUCAGUCAAGGAGGUUCACCAGGCACGUGAUAUUGCCCUCUCACCCAUCGCUGUCCAGCCAACUCCUAGCACAGAAGCGGCCGAUUAAACGCUCCCGUCCGGCCCCAAGCUAG